AUUUUCAACUUACUUGUAACUUGCGUAGGCAGCGGCAGAAAAAUCCGGGACGCACCGGGGACCGAAUUCUCUCACGCACAAACACGAAACUUCGAUAAUGUUUGCUGGAAGAGUAUUAGCGCCUUUAAUGACGAAAUUUACACAAAUUCCCGCCAUAUUGUCGGACAACUUUGAAUUUUUUUAUGCAAAAUAAUCGAGAUGGAUAACAAUCAAUUUGAUGGGAAUUUCAAAAAGAUUAUUAUUAAUCGAUAUACGCAAGCAUCAAGCACAGUCAGCCUAAUGGAUGUCGACAGUAUGGAAUAUAAUAGCGAACUCCAUCGGAUGGAAAGGAAGAUUGAUCAUUACAAGUCGAAAUUGCGCGACUGCCGCGACAAAUACGAAAACAUGGAGACAGAAAUUCGUAACGUGAGACGAUUACAAAGCAAAUCGUUAUUCGUGUUAGAUAAUGUACAACCGAUGGAAGAGGAUCUUCAAGAGCGUUUCAAAAAUAUACAUUUAAAUUACGAGGCGUGUGUGGAAAAAUCUGGUGGUUACGAAGAUCUGGGAGAGAUGAUUAGCGCAAAGAUAAAAGAGUUGAAAAUACAGAGAAACGCACUGAUGGAAGAACUAGCGCAAUUAAGGAAAAACGCCGAAGAUAAUAAUAAAAAACUUGCCCGCGUAAAGGGUAUGAUAACUGAACAAGAAGAAAAGAACGCGAUAUUGCUUCAAGAUUUGAAGGAAAAAUCCGAGAAUGUCGUAUCCAUUUCACCGUACAUAAAAAAACGGAUAAAUAUCGUUCUAGAAAAUACAUCAAAAAAUAAAUUAAAGCGACGAUGCAUUGAUAAUAUGAUAGAAUAAAAAAAUAAAAUUUAUAAAUUUCGUAUAAAU